AUGAGGAUCAUGCUUCUGCUACACUGGCUUGGGGUGUGUCUGUCCUUUUCUGGGCACACACGGGCUGAGCACUCCCAAUAUCACAGUCCUCCAGAAGUGGUGAUUCCCUUGAAGGUAACAAACACUGGCCUCAAAACGAAGCUUCCAGGCUGGCUCUCUUAUGGUCUGCAUUUUGGGGGUGAGAGACAUGUUAUCCACAUAAAAGUCAAGAAGCAUUUGCUGUCCAGACACCUGCCAGUGUUCACCUACUCAGACCAGGGUGCUCUCCUUGAGGACCAGCCUUUUGUUCAGGAUGACUGCUACUAUCAUGGUUAUGUGGAGGGGGACCCAGAAUCCCUGGUUGCCCUCAGUACCUGUUCUGGGGGCUUUAAAGGAAUAAUACAGACAAAUGACAUUGUUUAUGAAAUUAAGCCCAUGAUUUUUUCUACCAAAUUUGCACAUCUAGUAUAUAAAAUGGACACCAAAGAGACUCAAUUUCCAACCACGAAAUCUGGCUUUAUACAAGAGGAAAUUGUACAUCAAUUUGAGUUUCAAGAGAUUGGUAAUUCUACUCUGAAGCAAAGUUCUUAUGAGGAUUGGUGGGUCCAUCGGUUCUUUAUUGAAAUGGCAGUGGUGAUUGACCAUACCCUCUAUCUUCAUUAUGAAAAAAAUAUCUCAAGGUUGCAGGAAGAUCUAUAUGUUAUUGUAAAUAUAGUGGACUCCAUUUAUGAAGUAAUGGAUCUUAAGUUAUUAUUGUUUGGUAUGGAGGUGUGGACUCAAACAAACUACAUUGAAGUAGAUGAUGCAAAGAGAUCUCUGAGACAGUUUUGCCUUUGGAAGGCUAACAACCUUAUUUCCCGCCUGCCACAUGAUACUGCACACCUUUUUAUGCACAAGACAAUAAGAGGAUUAAGUGGUUUAGGUUUGGUUGGAGGACUGUGUAAAUCAGAGUAUAGUUGUGCAAUUGUUACUUUUGUAAACAAAUCCUUGACCAUUAUUGGAAUUGCAGUAGCUCAUCAUGUGGGCCAUAAUUUGGGUAUAUCUCAUGAUAGACUAUUUUGUACAUGUGGCAAAUUUAAAUGUAUAAUGCAUCAUGAUAAUCCACCAAUAACUAAAUUUAGCAAUUGUAGUUAUUCCCAGUUUUGGGGGUAUUCUAUAGUUAGGGCAACAUGUUUGCGCUACACUAUACAUGCAAAGGACAUAUUUACACGGAAGCGCUGUGGGAAUGGUGUCGUUGAAGAAGAUGAGGAAUGUGACUGUGGACCUUUACAGCAUUGUGCAAAAGAUGCCUGUUGUCUGUCAAACUGCACUCUGAGUUUUGGGUCUCAUUGUGCUUUUGGGCUUUGUUGCGAGGACUGCAAGUUCUUACCAUCAGGGCAAGUGUGUAGAAAGGAGGUCAAUGAAUGUGAUCUUCCAGAGUGGUGCAAUGGAACAUCCCAUAAGUGCCCAGAUGAUGUGUAUGUGGAAGAUGGAAUUCCCUGUAAUGUGAGUGCCUACUGCUAUGAAAAGAGAUGUAAUGACCGCACUUCACAGUGUAGGCAGAUUUUUGGCCAAGAGGCAAAGAAUGCAAAACACAGUUGUUACAAACAAAUAAACACUUUAGGGGACCGUUUUGGUAACUGUGGUACCCAAAACUUUUCAUAUUUAAAAUGUAAUAUCUCAGAUAUCUUGUGUGGGAGGGUUCAGUGUGAGAACGUGGCUGAAAUUCCCCUUCUGAGAGAUCAUUCUACUGUUCAUUGGACUUACUACGAUGGCAUCAACUGCUGGGGUACUGACUACCACAUUGGGAUGACUAUACCUGAUAUGGGUGAAGUGAAAGAUGGCACAGAGUGCGGUGCAGAACAUCUCUGCAUCCACAAGAAGUGUGUCCAUAUAUCUCACUUGGAUAGUAAUUGUUCACCUACGUUCUGUAACAGAAGGGGAAUUUGCAACAAUAAACAUCACUGUCAUUGCAACUAUAUGUGGGACCCUCCCAACUGCCUAAUAAAAGGCCAUGGAGGUAGUGUUGACAGUGGUCCACCCCCUAGGAGACAGAAGAUAAAGAAGAUUUACCUGUUACUAUUUUCACUUCUUUGGUUGUUAAUUUUAUUAUGUUGUCUUUUCUUUCUUUGUAUGAAAAAAAGAAAAAAGAAAAAAGAGCAAGAAGUGCAGCCUCAACCUCAAAUGAAAAUGUGUGCUUCUCUGAUGGUGUGA